AUGGGCGGUAUUGCAUUAACUACGGCGUUUACCGGCCUAUCUGCGACCCCACUACUGUCUGGCCUUGUCCGUGCGGAAGGUGCGAAAGUCGACACGAUUGAUUCGAUUCAGUCUGAAGCCAAGCGACAUGUGGUGGACCUUGCGAAUGCCUUGUCUGUGAUGCACAAGCAAAAGGGUCCGUACCAUGUGGUCAAGGUGGCUUCCGACCACCUCAUGGAAGUCCAACAGUUGGUCCCACCGGACGCGAUCUCCUUGCACCAUGCCAGUAGACUGCGUAUGUACUUCGAGGGCGACAUCGAAGUCGACAAAGACGUGCAGGCACAUAUUGUGUUUGGAGAUGAAGGAUUUUACUUCGAAGCCAUAAAAGACCUACGCAUGGAUGAUACGGUCUAG